AUGUCCGCACAGCCUGCCAAUCCCACGAGUGUCACCUCAUCCAGACAACACUCAGACUUUGUUCUGAAGACGUGCACUCCGGAGGAUGUGGAACAGACUAGAUACCACAUUCUGAAGUUCCACUCGAAGAACAAAGUGGACCCUCUGGACUCCGACGCAUUCACCCGUCCAAUCAGGUUGCAUCGUAAGGAUCCCAAGAACCUUCAGUUCCAGUUGUCGCUCAAAGAGGUGGAAGAGAAGAAGAAAGAGAAAAAAGCCGCAGACCUGGAGAAGCAGAUCAAGAAGGAGGAACAGCAACAACUACAACAAGAGAACGGUUCCAAUGAUGUCAGUAUGAUGGAUAUCGAUGAAAUCCCUGGAACAGUAGCGCCUGAUUUUGAAACGGAGGAGGAGAAGAAAAUGCGACUGGCAAACGAGAAGAGACUUAAACUCCUCGCCAAAAGGGAAGCUGAACAGGCAGUAGUUGCCCCCGAUGGAGGGGCCCGCAAAAAGAAGAAUGUCUUCAAGAGAAAGACAAGACAAAUACACAUGGUCGACGAGGAAAAAAGGCGGCUGAGAUAUGAAGAGUAUUAUCCUUGGGUGCUGGAAGACUACGAGGGUAAGAAUAAUUGGGUCGGCAGUUACGAGGCAGGCAAUUCUGACACCUAUGCUUUGUUUGUGUUUGAUAAAGAUGGAUUCAAGCUUGUUCCCGCAGAAAAAGUUUACAAAUUCACUCCUAGAAACAAGUAUGCCACGUUGACCUUGGAAGAGGCUGAGGCCAAGAUGAAGGAUGGAGCCCAAACCCCGCGGUGGCUGAUGCGCAAAAUGGAACAGGAGGCUCGGAGUGGAGAUAGCGUUGAUGCGAGAUUUAAGAGACCAAGUAGACUUCGGACGGUUGCCGGCUCCGAGAAUGCGGAUAAAGAUAGUGACCACGACGAGCUGGAUUUCGACGAAGAGUUUGCCGACGACGAGGAGGCACCAAUCAUGGACGGGAACGACGAGGAGAAUAAGGAGAGUGAAAAGAGAAUGAAGCGUGAGAUGCUACGCGCUGCCAACAUGGUGAAGACCGAGGAAGACGAUGACGACGAUUUGGAUGAUCUUUUUGAAACCAAAAAAAUCGAUAAGGAAGGUCAGAAAUUGCGUAAAGCAUUGGCAAAGAAUGCUUUGAACGAGGUAUACGAGUCUGAUGAUGAAGAAGAGAACCCUUAUAUUUCUGAAAGCGAGGCUGAGAGUGAGACAGAGGUGAAACGUGAACCUGGCCUGGAAUCGCCCUCGCAGCCUGGAUCUCAAUCCCAUUCCCCGGAAGUUAAAGAAGAAUACAGUGAAAGACAGAGCUCGAGAUCUCCUGAUCUAUCAGCCCCAAGGAUUUCUGUCAAAUCUUACAGCAAUGGGUUUCUGGUGCUCAGAGCAGUCAAAACGCUGCUUGCAGAGUUCCCCGCAGGGGAAUGGAACCCAUCUGUUAGGAAGAGAUCCGUGGAGUCUGAAGCCGAGCCGUCUAACAAAAAGAUCAAGCUUGAGGCAGUUGUGGAGGAUCUCACCGCUGAAGAAGUGGCUUCUAUUGUGGGCGAUGGUCCAAUUGAGCUCAAUGCUUUACUCCGGGCCAUUGGGCCUAAGGUUCACGAUCCUGCGAACAAGGACCGCUUGAGGGUGAUUCUCAAGGCCAAUUAUAAAUUGAAGAACAAAUUUGUCUACAAGAGGGCGUGA